CGAGUGAAAAAAAUGGCCAGUUCAUCAACACAUUUUGACGACGAAUGCCCUAAAUUCUUCAAAGUGUUUCUCCCAGAGGAUUGCUCAAACCAAUUGCACAUUUGUUCUGAUUUCAAAACCCACCUACAAUCCGCCGUAAAAAGAAAGGCUACAAUCUUCCGGCCGGGAACAAACCAAGAAUGGAAAGUGGGUUUGGAAGAGGAAGAUGAAGAAUUCUACUUCAGAAAGGGUUGGGAAGAGUUCGUAAGAGAAAAUGACCUUAAAGUUGGAGAGUUUAUGGUAUUUACACACCUAGGAAACUCCAACUUUAGUGUCAAACUCUACGGCACACACGGUUGCCUUAAGGAGACCGUCCAAGAAGGAGAAGCACCUGCCGAGGUUGAACUCGUGAACAAAAGAGGCAAACGGACUAGGAGACCGGGGGCAGGUAGACGACCUUCUUACGACCCCGACGAGGAAUUAGUUAGGGUGGCGGAGGCAUAUCGGAGUGCUCACUCCGAUAUUCCUUCUUUCAUGGUCAAAAUCUCUACCAGCUACCUCAACAAUAACUUGGUGGUACAUAUAUAUAUUUUUUUUAAUUAAAUAUUGAUAGAUAAUAUACGUAGAAUGAAUAUUUUAUUAACAUGUUUUUUGUUUUGUUAUUGUUUUGUAGAACAUACCAGUGCAUUGGGUGAACGCUCAUAUGGAGGGAGCUGAUGAUGUGCGCCGAAUCAAGCUACAAGGGUCGUCGCCCAGGAAAACAUGGGAGGUGAAGAUGACCAUCUAUCGUCCAUCGUCCGGCUCUAACUGUAAGCUUUCGGAAGGAUUGAGGGCAUUUUUUCAAGAUAAUUACAUCCAACUUGGGGACAUUUGUGUGUUCGAGCUUGUGAAAAAUGUUCCCGAUACUUUAAAAGUUACAAUUUUUCGUGUGAACGAUGUACUUGUAUUUCCUGAUCACUCUUAGGUUACGUAUGUAGUAUUUGAGUUAUUUUUAAUUAGGAUUAUUGUCUUUCUUUUUUCUUUUCAUUAUUUUAAUCUAGCUUUUUUAUCGUCUCAUUUUAUGUUAAUGUAAUUUGCAACUCAAUUAAAAGUAAUUAGUUAGAUUUUAUGCAUAUUGGUUUUAUUUUACCAUACCCUUAGUUACUUAGUUAUUGGUUUUUAAUCGUCUUGUAAUAAAUUAAUAGGCUUUAUUCCUUAAAUUAAAGAUAUAAGUGCACAUAUAACAACGUAUUAAAAUAACUAAUUUAGGACAUGUAUGUAUACGAAUUGUAUUGUUUGGAUGGCUCGUUCACA